GUUCCCCGCCUCAUCAUGAAGCACACUGCGCAGACCUGCAGACCCUCACCUCCUUAUGAUACUACGCAUACUCCUGAUUUGCUAGAAAGCUCUUCAUACUCCUUUGUCUUCUACCAUGCAACGUCCAGCCAGUGUCAAGGAGCUCGCGGAGGUCUCCUCCAAGGCUGUCUCAGUCUUCAAGUCAUCCCAUCUCUCGUCGUGCGUCGUGGGUGAUCUUGCAUGUGCACUCUAUGGUACCUCCAGACGUCCUGUCGAUGUAGACCUCAUGGUCAUGACCCGCGCCUAUGAGCCUGAGAAGCUCAAGCAGCUGCUCACGAAAGCUGACACGACAUUUUACCUCGCAAGCGCGAAGGACACGCACAGCUCCCACAAAUUUCUCUGCAGCAAGCUCUACUAUCGGCCCAAUGAGCGCAAGCGUGGCUGCAUCUUUCAUAUCCUCGUCCCAGGAACACUUCAUCUCCCCCACAUCCCGCAGGACAAGAUCAACAGCAUCAAUGGGAUCCCAGUCAUGCCAGUCAUACUGCUUGUCUUCAUGAAGCUCCAGAUCUGGUCGGAUCGUCGCGGAUCGUACACUGCGUACAUGAAGUCGAAGCAGCAUGACGAGGACGUCCGCGACAUCGCCGAGUUGCUAGCGAUCGCCAGGAGCCGAGGCGAAAGCAUCAGCAAGGACAGUCUUGCGUGGCUCCCGAUGGCCACCGUUGACUCAGCUAUGCCUCGCGUCAAAGAGUACGUUGCGGCAUUCCCGAACACGUUGACGAACUGGAGGGCUAUUGGAUACCGGUGAUGGAUGAUGAUGGGAACAGUUACUUGACAGGAUAUUCAUCUACAUGGAUUGGAUUGAUUUCACUUGCAUACCCACAGUCAUUUCUUGAUACACAUGCAUUCGUUAUAUCUUUACCUUUUACACAUCGUGGUAAUAUGUAGAAGCUCAUGACUGAUGCUUGAUCUAGCUGGCGCGCCACUAUACAGGCAGCAAUUCAAUGAUUGGCAGUAUCUCGCGGAAUCUCCUUCUACAUCGAUUCGGGCUUUGCGUGGCACCAUUGCCUGACAUUUGACAGAACGCAUUCAAUUCCUGACAUGCUAAUUGGUUUUCAUCGAGCUUCGUGGGCUCUCAUCAUACCGUGUUCAGACUAGGGCCAUCCGAGCUUGACGUAGGCUGUGCGCAGCGAACGUUGUUUUGUUCAUUCACACGUCCUCGGUCUACAUUGCGCCUCCCUGC